UCCGGGCAAUAUACUCGAAACAUUUUCUCUUACUUUUAUAGAAACGGGAUUUAUAACAAAUGUAACCAAGAUACAUGACUGAUAUAUACAGUAAAGUUUGAAAUAUUUAUAUCUUACGUGAUAAUAUGGUUACUUUUGUAUAUUGUUUAUAGUGAUGUUAGAUCAAACGUGACCUGAACAUAUGAAACACAUUUAUAAAAUGGAUCUCUUGUAUACAAUUGUGCUGCUUGCAACCUUGAUCGUGUCCCAGAUCCGCCAGGUUGAAGCGCAAACACAAUGUGCAGAACAGAGGUUUUGCAGCGAAUGUAUUACUGCGCACAACGAGUGCGCAUGGUGUAACGAUGUGGAGUUUGCGGAUACUCGAUGUGCGAUGAACACCAGUAUACUGACUUCGAAGGGUUGUCAAGAGAUAAAGUCACCUACUAUCAACGAAACUAAAACGCAGAAGCUGGACCAAGAAAAAUGUUCCCAAGGUAACGGGACCUACGAAUGCGGGGUUUGUAAGUGUAGACCGGGACGAAGCGGCGAGUUCUGUCAAUGUGAUAAUAAGGAAGGGGAUACUGUGCAGCAAGAGGCGAAAUGUAGAAAGGACAAUGGUACAAAAGUUUGCGAGGACCAAGGUACAUGUAAAUGUGGCCAGUGUGUGUGCCUGAGGAACUACUUAGGUCCGUAUUGUGAAUGUAACAACAACAUGUGCAUCAAGCCAGGAAGCACGGAAAAAUGCAGCAAUCAUGGGCAAUGUAAUUGCGGAAGAUGUCUAUGUAAGGACGAUUAUGAUGGUCAACACUGUGAAUGCCCUCCGAAACGCAAUUGUAAACAUCCGGAAACAGGGAUGGCGUGUAAUGGCCAUGGAACGUGUAAGUGCGGAAAGUGUGAAUGCGAACCCGACUAUGAGGGACCAACGUGCGGAGAGUGUCCUAAAUGUGAAAGGUGUAGCAAAUGCCGGUACAGAGAAUGUGUCAAGUGCAUCUUAGAAAAUGAAAAGCAGACAGCCAUGAUCAACGAGACAGCUAUUCCGCUCGCGUGUCAGUUAAGCUGCCCGAAUCUUCUAGUCACAAUGGUCAACAAAUUCAAUGAUCCCGAUCCCUGUGGCUUCAUUGUGUCGAAGAAAUGUAUAAUCAACUACUUAGUGGAGUGUUCAAACGAUACUGUCCGGCUCAACAUCGCCAACAAGAGAGAUCAUGGGCAAUGUAAUUGCGGAAGAUGUCUAUGUAAGGACGAUUACGAUGGUCAACACUGUGAAUGCCCUCCGAAACGCAAUUGUAAACAUCCGGAAACAGGGAUGGAGUGUAAUGGCCAUGGAACGUGUAAGUGCGGAAAGUGUGAAUGCGAACCCGACUAUGAGGGACCAACGUGCGGAGAGUGUCCUAAAUGUGAAAGGUGUAGCAAAUGCCGGUACAGAGAAUGUGUCAAGUGUAUCGUAGAAAAUGAAAAGCAGACAGCCAUGAUCAACGAGACAGCUAUUCCGUUCGUGUGUCAGUCAAGCUGCCCGAAUCUUCUAGUCACAAUGGUCAACAAAUUCAAUGAUCCCGAUCCCUGUGGCUUCAUUGAGUCGAAGGAAUGUAUACGCAACUACUUAGUGGAGUGUUCAAACGAUACUGUCUGGCUCAACAUCGCCAACCAGAGAGUGUGUACGUAUCCCUCCGAUGCCUUGCUUAUCGUCCUCCCAAUCCUUGCUUGCAUUCUCGGAGUAGGGCUCUUAAUGAUCAUCAUUUGGAGGAUCUACUUCUUCUACGACAAGAUCGAAUAUCCGCGGUUUGAAUAUGAGACCCAGCACGGCAUAUUGAACACGGAGGACAAUCCGAUAUACGGAACCCCGUUGACAACCAAUCAGAAUCCAGUAUACAACGGCGGCGCAACGGACUAA